AUACUCUUAUAUAUAAAAAUGUCACAUUACUCAGGCGGUGGAGGAGGCGGAGGAGGUGAUAGAGGCGAUCGAGAAAGAGGUGGAGGCGGAGGCGAUAGAGGCGGUGGCGGUGACAGACAUCAUCAUCAUCGUUACAACAACUAUCAAGCAUCAAAGAUGGUUUACGAUGGCAAGCGAAUGAGAAAGGCUGUAGUUAGAAAGACUGUUGACUUCAACUCCACACUCAUCAAGUAUCAUCUCUCAAGAAUAUAUCAACGCGACUACAGAGACUUUAACGGUGUGCAGCCUGACCCUAUAUAUAUCAAAGAGAUCCUUCCUCCAGUCGCGCUAGACUCCAAUCCAACAACAAGUUUAUGUACAAGAUUCAUUCAUACAUCGACAAACAAAGUUAGAUAUCCAAUCAAUGCUGUAACUUGGACACCAGAGGGAAGACGUUUGAUUACGGGAUCAUCGAGUGGAGAGUUCACAUUGUGGAAUGGAUUGACGUUCAACUUUGAGACUAUCAUGCAGGCACAUGACAAGGCAGUGCGUGCAAUCACAUGGUCACAUAAUGAGAACUGGAUGAUAUCGGGCGAUGACGCGGGAUUGGUCAAGUACUGGCAGCCAAACAUGAACAACGUCAAGGUGUUCCAGGCACACAACGAAUCACUGCGCGACCUGACGUUCGCGCCAACCGACCUCAAGUUCGCGUCGUGUAGUGACGACGCCUACAUCAAGAUCUGGGACUUUGCGCGAUGCACUGAAGAGCGAGCGAUCAAGGGUCACGGCUGGGACAUCAAGUGCGUGGCAUGGCAUCCUCAAAAGUCGGUGAUCGCGUCCGGUUCCAAGGACAACCAUCUCAAGGUCUGGGACGCGCGAAGCGGCGACCUCAUCAGUACGCUCACCGGCCACAAGAACACCAUCGUGCAGGUCGAGUGGAACAAGAAUGGCAACUGGCUGGUUAGCGCAAGUCGCGAUCAGCUGCUCAAGCUCUACGACAUUAGGACGAUGCGCGAGAUGCAGACAUUCAAGGGACACGGCAAGGAGGUCACGUCCGUGGCUUGGCAUCCAUUCCAUGAGAACCUGCUAGUGAGCGGUGGCUUUGACGGCUCGAUCCUGUACUGGAUCGUCGGCCAGGAUCAGCACCAGGGCGAGAUCUACCAGGCGCACGAGGCCAGCGUCUGGUCGCUAAGCGUGGCAUCCAAUCGGACACAUCUUGGCCAGUGGCUCCAACGACUACACUACAAAGUUCUGGUGUAG